AUGAAUCCUCUGCUUGGGACCCUUUACAUCCUGGGGAUGCUGGUCCCUGGAGGGCUGGGAUAUGACAGAUUGGGAACAACACAGCACAGGCAAAGGGUUGUGGACAAGACAGUGACUGCAUGGAGGAACUUGGAGUCCUAUCCCUGUAACAGAUACCACCCCAUGGGGGAGAUCUAUCAGUGGGUGAACCGGGUAAGGGAGAAGUAGCAUUCCCUAGGACUGACCUAUGAAGCCCAUCAUGCAUGUUCCCUCCAGAUCAGCCAACCAUCCAGUAACCCCAAGAAGAUCAUUUGGGUGGACUGAAUUGAUGCCAGGGAAUGGAUUGCCCCUGCCUUUUGCCAAUGGUUUGUGAAAGAAAUUCUACAAAACUGUUAAGACAACUCAAGGAUAAGUAGAUUCCUUAAGAACCUAGACCUCUAUGUGCUUCCAGUUCUUAACAUAGAUGGUUACAUCUACACUUGGACAACAGAUCGGCCUUGGAGGAGAUCCUGUGUAUCCCACAAUAAUGGCACAUGUUUCCGGACAGAUCUCAACCAAAAUUUCAAUGCAUCCUGGUGUAGUAUUGGCUCACCUAAGGACUGCCACGGUUCAACAUUCUGUGGGACGAGACCAGUGUCUGAACCUGAGACUAAAGCUGUUUCCAGUUUUAUAGAGAGCAAGAAAGAGGACAUGAUAUGCUUCCUGACCACGCAUUCUUAUGGGCAGCUCAUUCUCACACCCUAUGGCUACACCACCCCUCCCAGCAACCAUGAAGAACUGAUCCAAGUUGGACAGAAGGCAGCAAAAGCACUAAGAGCAAAGCAUGGAACCAAUUAUAGAGUUGGAGCGAGUGCAGAUAUUUUAUAUGCCAUGUCAGGGACUUCAAGAGACUGGGCUCGGGACAUUGGGAUCCCCUUCUCAUACACAUCUGAGCUGAGGGACAAUGGUACAUAUGAAUUUGUUCUGCCAGCAGCUCAGAUUCAGGCCACCGAGGAGACCAUGGAGGCGGAGCUUUCCAUCUUGGAUGAUGCGUAUGAGAAAUCCUGGCCCUCAAACAGUGCUGGAAAGGUGGCAUCUGCCACUGUGGUGCUGAGCCUGCUGAUAUCUUUCAGGUCUCUUUUCUAA